AUGCCAGCAAGCGGUGUGUGACGGAGCGUGCUUCUAGCACCCCUAGCUGACAGUCCCUUUAGUGGACUUGUUGCAUCUUCUAGGUGUCCUGCAAACAAAACACAGACUUUGGCUCGUCUUCCACUCAAGAUUUUCUGCUUGAUCGUUCCUAUUUGUUGGCCCUAAUUCUAAUCCCUUGGCAUUAGCUGAAAUGGCUCCCUUUGAAUUGUGUGACUCAUCGAGCAAAAGAAAUAUAACGGAGUCCUUCUAGUUCGUAUGUGGGUGACAAAAGACUUUUCAUUGUUUAGAAUCAGCUGCCACUGCCGCGCGGGGUUGCUGCACGGUCUGUGGCGCCUUGUCACGGUUCGCGCGGCUCCCCCUGUCGGAGGUUCGAGUCCUCCCUCGGGCAUUGGGGUGUGUGUGUGUGUGUGUGUGUGUGUGUGUGUGUGUGUGUGUGUGUGUGUGUGUGUGUGUGUGUGUGUUGUCCUUAUCAUGAGUUGGUUUAAGUUGGGUUAAGUAGUUUGUAAACUUAGGGACCGAUGACGUCAGCGGUUUGAUCGCACAAGCUAUUACCACAAAUUUAAUUAAAAAAAAUUAAUGUUCAACUGCCUCUUUGCGUACCGCACCGAUAAAUCCUCUAAAUCAUUUUGCCAUUGCUUUGAUCUUCUGAUGACUUUACUAGAUGCUAAAAGACAGCAUCAUCUGCAAACAAUGGCUGCUCAGAUUGCCUCCUAAAUCGUUUUUAUAGAUUAGGAACAGCACAAUGACUAUAACACUUCCUUGUUUUACUCGACGACUUUCGCGAGCUCUCACCAGGCAAACAGGAAUACGGCGGUCAUCCGGAUGGGAGGCGUCACGCUUCCCGUGGUUUGGCCGUCCUGCGGCAGACUUCCGCUGCGCCCGCCGUCAUAUUGAGCGCGCGCUCCCUGCGGCGCGCACUGCUUCUGUUUGCUCCCCGGUGUCGACAGCGGACAAUGCAGCCGGCGGGCGUAUUUGCCACAGUGGCAGCUCUGCUUGCAGCAAACGGGACGUCGGUGCUGGACUGCGUCUGCAGCCACCUCAAAUCUGGCACAUUCUCUCAAAGUUUCCGUCUAGCUCUCAUAGUAAGGGGCUACUGUGUUCAUGAAGAUUGGUCACUGGGGCUCGGACCGUGCGGCACCGCGGAGGAGCCGCUCCCCGCGUGGUCAGCUGCGCGACGCCUGGCAGUCCGCCUCUGGGACUCCGAACUGCCGCCGCCGCCAGCAGGUGGAGCGGAGGAGGGAGGGGGUUGCGCCGGCGCCCUGGCGCAGAUCCGCCGCCUCACGUGGAACGAAACCUUCGAACUCCUCGUGGACCUCGACUGCCGGAUCGCUGACGACUGUAUCGACUCCCGCUGUGUACCGACGUUGAACAACAUGGAAUGGAACAUGACAGCGCUGCAAACGGAUGAUCUGAGGCAUCAUAUCGUGUCCCAGUCAGCGCAUGCUGUUCGACGCAUCACAAGAGCCACGUUCAGCAGGGUGAGAUGUGAGGCGCGGCGUCAUGUUCAGUUUAAGUGGAGGAAUAAACCUGUCCGUCGUCUCCCGUCUUGUGCAGAGCUGCAGGCCCAGGCGGCUGUUUUCCGGGAACGACUCUCCAGCUACAGGCGGGACUUGGCGCAGCUGCUCUCACUCGGUGUGACGCACGCCUCACAGCUGUUGGUUCCCCUCGCAUUCGAACGUAUGGGUAACCACGCAAGUGAUCAGCAACUCCACGGUUGGAUUAAGGACAUGAAACGUGUGAAAGACAUGCUGCGCACGAAAUUAACCAGAUGGUUACAGGACUUGCAAUUCUCCAGCAAACAGGUGGAGCACUACGAGGUGGAAGAAGAGAAGGACAGGCGAUGGCACUUGAUACUCAGGCGGCCGCUGUUGAGUGAACGCCUGCUGCGGUAUCAGCCGUGGAGACUCUCCUCUGACGACUACUUCAGUGCGCUGUGCAAGGAGCGGCAGCCAGAGGCGUCGCAAAUGUUCAGCCUUGCUGACGAUCUGUACGCUUUCCAUCGUGUCCACUGGGUCACUACAGCUGAGUACAUCGAUACAUUCUACAAAGAUGUUUUCAAGAUUGUAGACGAGGAGUGGCAGCUGGAGGACAGAAGCCACGCUACGCUCUCUGUGAACACUGACUGCGUGCAGCUGUUGGUGAACGCCCUGGACCACCCCACGUGUCCGCUGGAAGACCUGCCACUGGAAGCCGUGAAGCAGCGCGAGCGGUGCCGCGUGCAGCUGUGGGACGACGUGGUGCAGAGGUCGCCCCACAUACCCGUCACCAGCUACCUGGCCUACACGCAGAGGGUAAACGUCAACCUCUGCCUGCUGGCCUGGAUGGCUGUCAACUCGUACGGCAUUUGUCAGGACGUGCCGUUCAGUAUGACACAGUCCGUGCACGAUGCUCGCUGCUAUUUCAAUAGUCCUGAUGAUCAAUCGUGUCUGCAGUCGAACGCUACAGACGCCAUCUGCUCUGUUUCCAGAGCUAUUCUGUUGCUAAAGUGUCGCGACUUCUCCUCCAUUAGGACAUCCCAUAAUUGUAAGUUCGCUAGUUUCGCAUUUGGAUUAUUGCUUAGUAGUAGGAGUGUACUGUAUGAAAAACUAACAGAAGAAACAGUGAACUACAAAAACAGUUUAACCGACGCCACCUUGAAAUACAAGGAUUUCAAAAUAGACAGCUUGAAGCCUUUAGAAAUCUCAUUUAUAUCGGUAAAUAUCAUUUUCCGUUUUUCGACUGCCGGAGUAUACUUGUAUCUUCCCCAGUUACGUAACUUGCCUGGAAAGAUAUUCUUGUCCUUUCAGAUCACGUGCAUAACCCAGAUCCUGUGUUCUGAGGUCGUGUAUCGUAUGGCAGGCGUCCCUGACUUACCUACAGCAGUGCUGAUAGACAGCGCCCUCACACUUCUCAGCUGUAUCUGGCUGAACUCAUUCUGCUACCAGAUGUAUGCUUGUGUUCGCCAUCUCAGGCUUCCUGACCAGCUUCUACCUGCUGAAGUAAGCCAGUUAUUCUGUCGUGAGGUGCUGUGUGUGCUUAUACCGUGGAGUAUAGUAUGUGUGGCAACUGUUGCUUUGGAAAAGACGAGUAAAUAUCACCUGAUCCACAGUCGCAUAGUAGUCCUUGCAGGGAUUUCAGUGUCUGUGGCAUUCAAUUUGGUUUGUCUCGGACUGCUUGGAUACAUGUACCUACGUACUCGGUGCUCCAUGCGGCGACUCAAAAUUGUUGAUAACAAGAAAUUUGCCACAAAGAAGCAAUGUCUUUUUAUGUCAGUUAAGGCCAUUAUAUUAAGUGGAACAGGAAUUAUUAUUAGAAUUGGGUUCCACCAAGCUCAGGGAAUAGCGCAGUUAGUGUACUAUACACAUCUAGUUACGAUGGUGCAAGGACCAGUGCUCUUCGUCUGUUUCGUUUGCAAUGGAACGACGCUCCCCGUACUCAAGAACAGGAUACUUCUUUGGUGGAACCCAACCAACAUCCCUGCAGGUCUAGAGCUGUGUUCAGCAGCCGAGAGGAAUCUGGCCAGGAGAAACAAUGAACAGUCUCCCUUUUCAGAAUCCUCGCUGUAGCCUCCUUCAGUAUUUUUCGCAAAUAACUGUCUCCACACUACACUGCAUUAAGCCCAGCAAUAAAAAUGGACUCUACCUGGUAUGACAAUAUUAAAUGUCAUUAAAUCUGAUAUCGUACAGCCAGUACUUUUCCUUCCUAACGUCUCCUUCAUUUAUAACUGUGUGCUUAUUUGUGAGUGGUAGCCUCUGUCUGCCUAUUCUAAUGCACUGAGACUACUCACUAAAAUUGUUGGGAUAUGCUUUGUGUAUACAAUAGGCUGCGUCAAUCACACGGCCUGUUAUAUACAAGGAAAACGCAGCACGUUGUCGGAGGAAUUCCCGUUCGUCAGUGUCAUCUACCGUGGCGUUGGUGCAUUUCUUGACACAUGUUCGUAUGACGUCUUUUCUCCGUUUUCCGUCGAGGGUCUGUCUUUGCAGUUUGUCGAUUUUAUUAAUGUAUAAUGUAUGAUAUUAGUAUAUAUCAUAUUAUGUCUGAAACAAAGAAAUUUUCCAUAUGUGUGUGAAAGAUGUACUUUUACAUGAUUUGUAAUUCAAGUACCAUGACAAGAGACAUUCAGAUACUUAUAAAAUCAAAAGAGAGGGGUCAAUGACUGAAGUGGUGUGUGCAUGAAAGUGUAAAUGGGUUUGUUGAGCUUAUUAGUGGUUCGAUUACAUAGAGUGGCUCAAACAGGUAUAGUAAUAAAGUAACACAUGACUUGUGUGAAAUGUGGCUCGAAGUGAACGCAAAGUGUCGAAUGGCAGAGUUAUAUGAGAUUAGCAUUAUUGGGUUUGUGAGACAAGAUGGUGAUUUGUUAAGCUAGAGGUUUGUAAGGGUACUAUGGCAGAUGUUAAAAGUUAAUGUUCCAUGUGCCACUCUUGAGCAAGGAAGAACAUUACUUAAAGGCGUAUUUACAGAAACAGUACUGUGGAAGGAUAAACUUGUGCAAGUACUGUGAGUCCUGGAAAACAUGUGCCAUAGUAGCUUCACUAGAAGCACACAGUACGCCGAAAUUGUUGUGAUUCGUAAUCAAUAGACGAUCUCCCAUUUGUUCAAAUAAAACCUGAGUGAGCAAAGUAAA